GUGCUAUUCUCCAUAAGUGUUGGUUGCACCUCUACGCAUGAAUGCGAUGUGAAAAAGCCAGAGGUACGAGACCAAGACUCUUCUAAAGACGUUGCUGGAAAUGGCCAGCCCAAUACUCAAAAGAAAGAUGAUGAUUCAGCUGGGUCUUCAGACCCAGAAACACUCAAAGUUUUUAAGGACGAUAACGGCUUUCUUACUAAGGUAAUGGCUGAAGUCUUUGAUGUUUUCAAUGAGUACUUUGAGAGGAUGGGACUGGCAAGUCUGAAAGAAUAUCAAGCUCACAAGAAUGAGAUUUGGGAGGUUGUGGCUAUGCACUUGUGCAGGUACAAUCUUAUAAUCAAGGAAGAGGUUUCGAAAAGAAGUAGCACUGCUGUAAUCAAAAGAAAAAUACAAGAGCUCAUGAAGAGAUCUUCUAUAUCGCUACUUAAGAAGAUUAAGCUGGAUGGUGUCACAUUCAAAGACACUCCUGCUGGGGCUUUUAAGUUUCUCAAUGACCAUUGUGGAACUGAAAGUUUGGACUUAUCUCGAGCUACUAACGUUAAUGUUGGCAUGCUGAAUAGUGUUAACUUGGAUAGAAUAAAGAAGGUGAAGCUAUGUUGUAAUGGCUUGACAACUCUGCCCUGUCUAUCUAACUUUACCAAUCUUGAGGUCCUUGAUUUGGAAGGCAAUAAAAUUGAA